AUGUAUAUGCAUGGCGUGAAACAACCGAGGAAUCCAUGGUCGGAUGGACCCGACUUCAUCACACAAUGCCAAAUUUCACCCGGAACGAACCACACAUACAAAGUCAUCUUCUCCACCGAGGAAGGGACACUGUGGUGGCACGCCCACAGUGAUUGGACUCAAAGCACAGUCCAUGGCGCCAUUCAUAUCUUACCUGCCGAGGGCACCACCUACCCUUUCCCUGAACCCGAUGGAGAACAUGACAUUAUACUCGAAUUAUGGUUUUCAUCCCUGCAAUACCCAUCAUCUUCUACACGUAUGGGGUGUCAUUCUUGCUUUCACCUGCAAAUGCCUGACAACAUCUUUGACGAAAUGUUGAACAGAACAAGUGCUCUUGACAUUACUGUGGGAAAACCUAAACAUUGA